GAAUACCUAUUGUAGUAUUAUCCUAUUUGUAUUAAUUAAAAUUGGUUACUAGUAUCAUUUUGUGUAUUGGGUCAAACCAACCCACCCGAUAACCCACUUUUGAUAACUCUGAUAAAUCAAUUCCCUGUUUUGGGUGUCACCCCAGAAAGAAUCUGAAUGGCGACUGCUGGGUUUAAGUCCCUCCUUAUUACUACACUGCUUGUUACAGUAGUUGUCGCAAAUGAUGUUGAGAAUAAUGGGAAAUACCCAAUUGUGGUAAGCACUUGGCCGUUUGUGGAUGCUGUUAGGGCUGCUUGGAGAGCUGUUGAUGGAGGUUUUUCAGCCGUUGAUGCUGUUGUUGAAGGUUGUUCUGCUUGUGAAGAACUCAGAUGUGAUGGUACAGUUGGACCUGGUGGUAGUCCAGAUGAGAAUGGAGAAACAACUUUGGAUGCUUUGAUAAUGAAUGGGGCAUCUAUGGAGAUUGGUGCUGUUGCUGCCAUGAGAUAUGUGAAAGAUGGUAUUAGAGCUGCAAGAUUAGUGAUGCAAUAUACCGAGCAUACUUUGUUAGUUGGAGAGCAAGCAUCACUAUUUGCCAUUUCAAUGGGUCUUCGGGGACCUAUGAACCUCAGCUCUGAGGAUUCAUUGCACAAGUGGACUAAAUGGAAAGAGAGUGACUGUCAGCCGAAUUUUCGAAAGAACGUUUCCCCUUCAAACAGUUGUGGUCCUUACCAUCCGACCAAAAAGGUUGGUUUUGGAGAGACGUCAUGUCCUGCUGCAAAUCUGGUAGAAACUUCAACUAGAAAUAUUACGCCUAUUAACAUCCACAACCAUGACACUAUUUCAAUGGCUGUUAUCGAUAAGAUGGGACAUGUUGCUGUUGGUACAUCUACUAAUGGAGCAACUUUUAAAAUCCCUGGCAGGGUCGGUGAUGGUCCUAUUCCUGGGUCUUCAGCAUAUGCUGAUGAUGAAGUGGGUGCAUGUGGUGCAACAGGAGAUGGCGAUAUUAUGAUGCGCUUCCUUCCAUGCUACCAAGUUAUUGAGAGUAUGAGACAAGGAAUGGAACCUAAAUUAGCUGCUGAGAACGCGAUAUCCAGAAUUGCUAGAAAGUUUCCCAAAUUUGUUGGAGCUGUCUUUGCAGUGAGCAAGAAUGGCGUACAUGCAGGUGCUUGCCAUGGAUGGACAUUUCAGUACUCGGUUAGACUUUCAAGCAUGGACGACGUGGAGGUGUACACAAUCAUGCCUCAAAUUGCAACUGCCAAUGUUUGACAAAAGGCUCAAAUGCUUAUUGAGCAUUACACCUGUUGUUUCCGUUCAGACUGAACUAUUAUGUAUGUACUACUCCAUAUUUACUCAUACUUAAAUUCCUAGAUUUCCCUUGA